UUUUAUAUCCCAUUAUCCAAAAACAAAACAAAGAAAGAGAGAAGAAAUCAGCGGCAAGCGGAAACUCUUGGACUCUUGAGACAAGCAGACAGGCGAAGUAGACAACGAAAAGAAGACAUGGCGCUUGUACCCGCAGCACACGGACCGGUGUUCGCGGAGGUCGACAUGGGUGUCGACUCGUCCGCACCCACGGUGGUCCGAGUCACCGUGGUCCAGGCCUCAACUGUUUUCUACGACACCCCUGCCACUCUAGAUAAGGCUGAAAGGUUGCUGGCUGAAGCUGCCGGGUAUGGAGCCCAGCUGGUUGUGUUUCCAGAAGCAUUUGUGGGUGGUUAUCCGCGAGGUUCAAAUUUCGGUGUUACAAUUGGGAACCGAACAGCAAAGGGUAAAGAGGAGUUCCGCAAGUACCAUGCUUCAGCCAUUGAUGUACCUGGUCCUGAAGUUGACCGGUUAGCAGCAAUGGCUGGAAAGUAUAAGGUGUAUCUGGUAAUGGGUGUGAUAGAAAGAGAUGGAUAUACACUCUACUGUACUGUUCUGUUCUUUGAUUCUCAAGGUCGUUACUUGGGAAAGCAUCGGAAAGUUAUGCCAACAGCAUUGGAGCGUAUCAUUUGGGGAUUUGGAGAUGGAUCGACAAUUCCAGUCUUUGAAACUCCAAUCGGAAAAUUAGGCGCUGCCAUUUGUUGGGAAAACAGAAUGCCUCUUCUAAGGACUGCCAUGUAUGCUAAAGGGGUUGAAAUAUACUGUGCACCUACAGCUGAUUCCAGGGAAAUAUGGCAAGCAUCAAUGACCCAUAUUGCUCUUGAGGGUGGAUGUUUUGUUUUAUCAGCCAACCAAUUCUGUCGAAGGAAAGAUUACCCACCCCCUCCAGAAUAUGUAUUUUCAGGCACAGAAGAGGACCUCACGCCGGAUUCUGUUGUCUGUGCUGGAGGUAGUGUCAUUAUAUCACCAUCAGGGACUGUUCUGGCAGGACCAAAUUAUGAUGGGGAGGCACUCAUCUCAGCAGAUCUAGAUCUUGGAGAAAUAGCACGGGCAAAAUUUGAUUUUGAUGUGGUUGGACACUAUUCAAGGCCUGAAGUACUAAGCUUGAUUGUGAGGGACCACCCAACACAACCGGUUACUUUCACAUCAACAUCAGAGAAAACUGAUGGCCCUCAUAAGUAAUUGUAAUUUUUGCCAGCCAGCAAUUAGUGUACUCCCGCAAAAUGUAGGCUUUGUGAAUUGUCAUCAAUAAUUGGGAUUAGUUUUGACGUCUGUAUUACUGUCUCUGGUCAUUGUUGUAUCUUGAGGUGUUUAUAUGAAGAAGAAAAAAAUGUAAUUUGAACAAAAUUUGGUCUCCUUAUUACAGGCCAAAAAGAAAACUUAGUUGUGUGAGACUACUCUCGCUUCCUAGAAGUGAUGUGUAAGUAUCUCAUAAUCACCCUAAGCUCAGUGGUUACUGCCCUGGACUCAUUUCCUA